AUGAUGCGGCUCCAGUUAUGUUGUGAUGUCCACAAGCUAACAAACACACGUCUGCCUGCUCCAUGUGAUGCUACCUCCGUUAGCUUUAGAGCUAACAACAUGGCAGAUGUCCCUGCUCCUGGAUCAGUCGUAGUAAGCGACUGGCAUCGAUGUAAAGACAGCAAAGAGUAUUUCAACAAGAUCCUGCACAAGAAACGACGCAAGAACUUUGGCUUGUUGGAGUCUCCAGUGAUGCCCCCGCAUGCAGCGGUGGACACGGUUCAUUAUAAGAUCUUCAUCUCUGGAAAGAGUGGAGUUGGUAAAACAGCUCUGGCUGCUCGACUCGCGGGCCUGAACAUUCCCCCUGUGCACUACGAAACCACAGGUAUUGAGACGACCGUGGUGUAUUGGCCGGUGAAGCUGAGGGAAAGUGGACGAGUGCUUUUCUUCCGUCUACAGCUGUGGGACUGUGGAGAGAACGCCUUGCGUAGAUUUGACCAUUUGCUUCCGUCCUGUAAGGAGCAGGUGGACGCCGUCCUUUUCCUGUUUUCCUUCACCGACAGGCCUUCCUUCGACGACCUGUCAAACCAGAUCGGGAAGUGGACCGGGCCUUCUGUGGGUCGAGUCGCAAAACUGGUGGUCGGCACCAAAUUUGAUCUCUUCAUGCACUGUGACGUGGCGGAGAGAGACGUGAGGGACUUCCAGGAGACAUGGGGUCUGCCGCUGCUGCGUGUGGGAGGGGAGGUGAGCGAUGGGCUGGGGGACGUAGCUCUGCUCCUCAACUGCCUGGCAGAGCAGCUGUGGCAUCAGGACUGUGUCACAGCUGGAUCCGCCCGCCACCCGUCACAGCAGGAGGCCGUGACUCUUCUCUGAUUCAGAGGAGUUAAGGAGGCAGUGGAGGUGACAUGGACCCCAGGUAGUCUGCCGCUGAGGGACUGCGCUCAGCAGCUGGUCCGGGAGAAUCUCAGCUCCCUCAAGAUGAGAUGGAGCAUUAGAGAUGGAUGCUUAUG